CUGUAGCCUGUCCUAUCGACAGUUUGGAACAACUUUGGAAAACUGAGAUUUAUUACCACGUAAACACUUAUUUUUCACCAAAUGAAACUAUGUAGAGGACUGAAUGUCGGACAGUAUGCAGAAAUCCCAUUUGGGAGUAGCUGGGACGGUUUUCGAGUCCAUCGGUUGAAGAAAAGCGAUCAUCAGACGAAGUUUCUGUAGGGGGAAAAGUUGAGUGCAGCUCGUCUGAGGUUUGUGGGACGGGCCGUCUGGCUGGAUGCGUGUUUUCAGCGGAAAUUCACCAAGGAAACUAACAUAACUAUUUCAUUUGAUGGUGCAGGAUAACAAUGUUUUUCCAGUUUAUCAAAUAACGAAUUACACAAAACACUAUAAGAACUUUCAAAAUUAAAAUCCACAAAAACAAAUUAAACUCCAAAGAAUAUCCGUUCUUUGUAGUCAGUUUAAGGGUCGUCUUCCAUUUAACUCUGGACCAUUUCUCGUUUUGGAAUCAUUCGUUAUCAUUCAUAAUAAACUGUUCAGUUGUUUUAAUUGGACGCAUCAUUUCUGGAAGGCAACAUGGACGCGCGGCAGGGUCAGUGCGCGCCCCCGGUGGGGCAGCAGAUCGUGCACGUCCGCGGGGACUCCCAGACGGAUCUGGAGGCGCUGUUUAACUCCGUGAUGAACCCUAAAACCUCCGCCCUGCCCCCCUCCUCUCUGCCUAUGAGGAUGAGGAAACUACCAGACUCUUUCUUCAGACAGCCGGAUCCCCGAUCACACUCCAGACAGGCCAGUUCAGAUGGGACCAUCGUUGGGUCUCUGACACCUCAUCAUGUGCGUGCCCACUCCUCUCCCGCCUCGCUCCCCAUCAACGCCCUUUCUGCCCCAGCAACCAGUGUCAUGGCAACACAGCCGCUCCCUGACGACGUGCCCCUCCCUCCGGGCUGGGAGAUGACCAAGACUCCCUCAGGACAGUGCUACUUCCUCAAUCACCUGGACCAGACGACCACAUGGCAUGACCCCCGUCUCUCCCAUCUCCAGACCAACGCAGCACCCCACCUGCUCUCUGCUCCCCCGCCACACACACACACCCUGGCACACCCUGCACCCAACACACAGAGUAACACCAACUCCAACACAGGCCCCCUCCCAGAGGGUUGGGAACAGGCAGUGACUCCUGAAGGAGAGGUCUACUACAUCAACCACAUCACCAAGACCACCUCCUGGUUAGACCCACACCUAGUCCAGAGUGCUGUAGCCCAGGUGAAGCCCUCAACCCUGACCUCUGACCCGGUUGGCAUUGCGACAGUGGUAACCAAGCGCAGGCAGCAGCUGCAGGUGGAGAAGGACAGGCUGAGGCGGAAACAACAGGACCUGGCCCGUCCAAUCAGAGUACAGGAUGUGGCGGUGAGGAGUGGACUGGAGCAUGAUGGGAAAAUGAGGAACAACCAUGUAGACCCCACCCUCAACGGGGCCCGUAACCAGAGUACUGACAGUGGUCUGAGUGUCAGCAGCUUCACACGGACUCCUGAAGACCUGCUGAACACUGUGGAACUCAUGGAUACAGGUGACUCUGCAGCAGGCCAGCCAAUGGCAUUCCUGGAGGCGGGCCCAGGGGUGUGCAUGGCUACCGAUGGGGAGGAGCUAAUGCCCAGCAUCCAGGAAGCCCUGAGCUCAGACCUCCUGAGUGACAUGGAUACUGUUCUCUGGUUAUAGACACACACUAAAGAUACACACACACACACUACAUACACACACACUAUAGACACACACUAAAGAUACACACAUACACACUACAUACACACACACUAUAGACACACACACACACACUACAUACACACACACUAUAGACACACACACACACACUACAUACACACACACUAUAGACACACACUAAAGAUACACACAUACACACUACAUACACACACACUAUAGACACACACUAAAGAUACACACACACACACUACAUACACACACACUAUAGACACACACUAAAGAUACACACAUACACACUACAUACACACACACUAUAGACACACACUAAAGAUACACACACACACACACUACAUACACACACACUAUAGACACACACUAAAGAUACACACAUACACACUACAUACACACACACUAUAGACACACACUAUAGACACACACACACACACUACAUACACACACACUAUAGACACACACACACACUAAAGAUACACACAUACACACUACAUACACACACACUAUAGACACACACUAAAGAUACACACACACACACUAUAUACACACACACUAUAGACACACACUAAAGAUACACACAUACACACUACAUACACACACACUAUAGACACACACACACACACUACAUACACACACACUAUAGACACACACACACACACUACAUACACACACACUAUAGACACACACACACACACUACAUACACACACACUAAAGAUACACACAUAUACACUACAUACACACACACUAUAGACACACACACACACACUAAAGAUACACACAUAUACACUACAUACACACACACUAUAGACACACACUAAAGAUACACACAUACACACUACAUACACACACACUAUAGACACACACUAAAGAUACACACAUACACACUACAUACACACACACUAUAGACACACACACACACACACUACAUACACACACACUAUAGACACACACACACACACACUACAUACACACACACUAUAGACACACACUAAAGAUACACACAUACACACUACAUACACACACACUAUAGACACACACUAAAGAUACACACACACACACUACAUACACACACACUAUAGACACACACUAAAGAUACACACAUACACACUACAUACACACACACACUAUAGACACACACUAAAGAUACACACAUAUACACUACAUACACACACACACACACACUAAAGAUACACACAUACACACUACAUACACACACUAUAGACACACACACACACACACACACUAUAGAUACACACAUACACACUAUAGAUACACAGAUACACACUACAUACACACACACUAUAGACACACACACACUACAUACACACACACUAUAGAUACACUACAUACACACACACUAUAGACACACACACACACACUACAUACACACUACAUACACACACACUAUAGAUACACUACAUACACACACACUAUAGACACACACACACACUAAAGAUACACACAUACACACUACAUACACACACACUAUAGACACACACUAAAGAUACACACACACACACUACAUACACACACACUAUAGACACACACUAAAGAUACACACACACACACACUACAUACACACACACUAUAGACACACACACACACACUACAUACACACACACUAUAGACACACACACACACACUACAUACACACACACUAUAGACACACACACACACACUACAUACACACACACUAUAGACACACACACACACACUACAUACACACACACUAAAGAUACACACAUAUACACUACAUACACACACACUAUAGACACACACUAAAGAUACACACACACACACUACAUACACACACACUAUAGACACACACUAAAGAUACACACAUAUACACUACAUACACACACACUAUAGACACACACACACACACUACAUACACACACACUAAAGAUACACACAUAUACACUACAUACACACACACUAUAGACACACACUAAAGAUACACACACACACACUACAUACACACACACUAUAGACACACACUAAAGAUACACACAUACACACUACAUACACACACACUAUAGACACACACUAAAGAUACACACAUAUACACUACAUACACACACACUAUAGACACACACUAAAGAUACACACAUACACACUACAUACACACACACACACACACACACUAAAGAUACACACAUACACACUACAUACACACACUAUAGACACACACACACACACACACUACAUACACACACACUAUAGAUACACACAUACACACUAUAGAUACACAGAUACACACACACUAUAGACACACACACACACACACUACAUACACACACACUAUAGAUACACUACAUACACACACACUAUAGACACACACACACACACUACAUACACACACACUAUAGACACACACACACACACUACAUACACACACACUAAAGAUACACACAUAUACACUACAUACACACACUAUAGACACACACUAAAGAUACACACACACACACUACAUACACACACACUAUAGACACACACUAAAGAUACACACAUACACACUACAUACACACACACUAUAGACACACACUAAAGAUACACACAUAUACACUACAUACACACACACACACACACUAAAGAUACACACAUACACACUACAUACACACACACUAUAGACACACACACACACACACACUACAUACACACACACUAUAGAUACACACAUACACACUAUAGAUACACAGAUACACACUACAUACACACACACUAUAGACACACACACACACACUACAUACACACACACUAUAGAUACACUACAUACACACACACUAUAGACACAGACCGUGUCACAGACUAUAUACACAACAGUAGUACAUAAUGAACUGACUUGAUGGGUUGUAGACUCUACACAACAGGGAACGAGACUCAGACUCCGCCCCUCCACUUCCUCUCCUGGGUGUUACCUGUCUCCCUUGAACCUAGCUGGCCACUGAUUGGCUGGUUUCCCAGGAUGUAACCCAGUAGACACUGUGGCCCUUGACGACUGGAGAUAUAGAGAUACAUGAUGUGGUACUGAGGACACUGGCCCUUGACGACAGGAGAGAGAGAUACAUGAUGUGGUACUGAGGAGACUGGCCCUUGACAACAGGAGAGAGAGAUACAUGAUGUGGUACUGAGGACACUGGCCCUUGACGACAGGAGAGAGAGAUACAUGAUGUGGUACUGAGGACACUGGCCCUUGACGACAGGAGAGAGAGAUACAUGAUGUGGUACUGAGGACACUGGCCCUUGACGACAGGAGAGAGAGAGAUACAUGAUGUGGUACUGAGGACACUGGCCCUUGACGACAGGAGAGAGAGAUACAUGAUGUGGUACUGAGGACACUGGCCCUUGACGACAAGAGAUAGAGAUACAUGAUGUGGUACUGAGGACACUGGCCCUUGACGACAGGAGAGAGAGAUACAUGAUGUGGUACUGAGGACACUGGCCCUUGACGACAGGAGAGAGAGAUACAUGAUGUGGUACUGAGGACACUGGCCCUUGACGACAGGAGAGAGAGAUACAUGAUGUGGUACUGAGGACACUGGCCCUUGACGACAGGAGAGAGAGAUACAUGAUGUGGUACUGAGGACACUGGCCCUUGACGACAAGAGAUAGAGAUACAUGAUGUGGUACUGAGGACACUGGCCCUUGACGACAGGAGAUAGAGAGAUACAUGAUGUGGUACUAAGGACACUGUGGCUAGUGUUCUCUUCCUCUCUCCUCCCCUCUCUCCUUCCCCCUCUCCUCUCCCUCCUUUCUCCCUCCCUUCUUCCCUUUCACAGGAGAGAGAAUCUUCAGUUGCCUUUCGUCCCUGUAUACCUCACACCUGCCUUUCUCUUCCCAUAAGCAUGUAUCUUUGUUAGUUAUGCCUACAUAUAUCAACAAACAAUCUUCUUUAUAAGUGGUACAAUUUCUCAACGUGUUGUUUAACUUGCAGGCUGCUAAAUUGUGAGGCAUGAAAGAUUAACAGAAUAUUCCUCCACAUCAGCAGUUGUAAUAGAAUUGACCAGUUAUAACAUACAUACAGAGCCUUCAUAAAGUAUUCACACAACUUGACUUAUUCCACAUUUUGUUGUGUUGCCAAGUGGGAUUAAAAUGCAUUUAAUUGUCACCGAUCUACACAACAUACUCAGUAAUGUCAAAGUGGAAGGUUUUGACAUUAGGUACAUUUGAAGUUGGAAGUUUACAUACACUUAUGUUGGAGUCAUUAAAACUCAUUUUUCAACCACUCCACAAAUGUCUUGUUAACAAACUAUAGUUUUGGCAAGUCGGUUAGGACAUCUACUUUGUGCAUGACACAAGUAAUUGUCCAACAAUUGUUUACAGACAGAUUAUUUCACUUAUAAUUCACUGUAUCACAAUUCCAGUGGGUCAGAAGUUUACAUACACUAAGUUGACUGUGCCUUUAAACAGCUUGGAAAAUUCCAGAAAAUGGUGUCAUGGCUUUAAAAGCUUCUGAUAGGCUAAUUGACAUAAUUUGAGACAAUUGGAGGUGUACCUGUGGAUGUAUUUCAAGUCCUACCUUCAAACUCAGUGCCUCUUUGCUUGACAUCAUGGGAAAAUCAAAAGAAAUCAGCCAAGACCUCAUAAAAAAAUUGUAGACCUCCACAAGUCUGGUUCAUCCUUGGGAGCAAUUUCCAAACGUCUGACGGUACCACGUUCAUCUGUACAAACAAUAGUACGCAAGUAUAAACACCAUGGGACCACGCAGCCGUCAUACCGCUCAGGAAGGAGACGCGUUCUGUCUUCUAGAGAUGAACGUACUUUGGUGCAAAAAGUGCAAAUCAAUCCCAGAACAACAGCAAAGAACCUUGUGAAGAUGCUGGAGGAAACAGGUACAAAAGUAUCUAUAUCCACAGUAAAACGAGUCCUAUAUCAACAUAACCUGAAAGGCCGCUCAGCAAGGAAGAAGCCACUGCUCCAAAACCACCAUAAAAAAGCCAGAAUACGGUUUGCAACUGCACAUGGGGACAAAGAUCGUACUUUUUGGAGAAAUGUCCUCUGGUCUGAUGAAACAAAAAUAGAACUGUUUGGCCAUAAUGAACAUCGUUAUGUUUGGAGGAAAAUGGGGGAGGCUUGCAAGCCGAAGAACACCAUCCCAACCGUGAAGCACGGGGGUGGCAGCAUCAUGUUGUGGGGGUGCUUUGCUGCAGGAGGGACUGGUGCACUUCACAAAAUAGAUGGCAUCAUGAGGGAGGAAAAUUAUGUGGAUAUAUUGAAGCAACAUCUCAAGUCAUCAGUCAGGAAGUUAAAGCUUAGUUGCAAAUGGGUCUUCCAAAUGGACAAUGACCCCAAGCAUACUUCCAAAGUUGUAGCAAAAUGCCUUAAGGACAACAAAGUCAAGGUAUCGGAGUGGCCAUCACAAAGCCCUGACCUCAAUCCUAUAGAAAAUGUGUGGGCAGAACUGAAAAAGCGUGUGUGAGCAAGGAGGCCUACAAACCUGACUCAGUUACACCAGCUCUGUCAGGAGGAAUGGGCCAAAAUUCACCCAACUUAUUGUGGGAAGCUUGUGGAAGGCUACCCGAAAAGUUUGACCCAAGUUAAACAAUUUAAAGGCAAUGCUAACAAAUACUAAUUGAGUGUAUGUAAAUUUGUGACCCACUGGAAAUGUGAUGAAAGAAAUAAAAGCUGAAAUAAAUCACUCUCUACUAUUAUUCUGACAUUUCACAUUCUUAAAAUAAAGUGCUGAUCCUAACUGACCUAAGACAGGGAAUUGUUACUAGGAUUAAAUGUCAGGAAUUGUGAAAAACUUGAGUUUAAAUGUAUUUGGGUAAGGUGUAUGUAAACUUCCGACAUCAACUGAAAGUAUUCAUGUUAUAAUCAGCGAUUACAGCGGGGAAUCUGGCUAACUAAGAGUGGGUUAACUGGGGUGGCAGGUAGCCUCGUGGUUAGAGCAUUGGGCCAGUAACUGAAAGGUUGCUGGAUCGAAUCCCUGAGCUGACAAAAUUAUGUGGAUAUAUUGAAGCAACUAUCAAAAAUCUGUCAUUCUGAGCAAGGCAGUUAACCCACUGUUCUCCGGGCGCUGAAGACGUGGAUGUCGAUUAAGGCAGCCCGCCUCACCUCUCUGAUUCAGAGGGGUUGGGUUAAAUGCGGAAGACACAUUUCAGUUGAAGACAUUCAGUUGUACAACAGUUGUGCACACCUGGAUUGUACAAUAUGUGCCCAUUAUUCUUAAAAAAUGCUUUAAGCUCUGUCAAAUUGGUUGUUGAUCAUUGCUAGACAACCAUUUUCAAGUCUUGCCAUAGAUUUUCAAGACGAUUUAAGUCAAAGCUGUAACUCGGCCACUCAGGAACAUUCAUCUUGGUAAGCAACUGCAGUGUAGAUUUGGCCUUGUGUUUUAGGUUAUUGUCUUUCUGAAGGGUGAAUUUGUCCUCCCAGUGUUUGUUGGAAAGCAGAUUGAACCAAGUGUUCCUCUAGAACUUUGCCUAAGCUCUAUUCUGUUUCAUUUACCUUAAAAAUAAACUCCCUAGUCCUUGCCGAUGACAAGCAUACCCCUAACAUGAUGCAACCACCACCAUGCUAGACAAUAUUAAGUGUUGGAUUUACCCCAAACAAAACACUUUGUAUUCAGGACAUAAAGUGAAUUUCUUUGACACAUUUUUUGCAGUUUUGCUUUAGUGUCUUAUUGCAAACAGGAUGCAUGUUUCGGAAUAUUUUUAUUCUGUACAGGCUUCCUUCUUUGUACUCUGUCAUUUAGGUUAGUAUAGUGGAGUAACUACAAUGUUGUUGAUCCAUCCUCCGUUUCAUCCUGUCACAGCCAUUAAACUCUGUAACUGUUUUAAAGUCACCAUUGGACUCAUGGUGAAAUCCCCGAAUGGUUUCCUUCCUCUCCGGCAACUGAGUUAGGAAGGACGCCUGUAUCUUUGUAGUGACUGGGUGUAGUGAUACACCAUCCAAAGUGUAAUUAAUAACUUCACCAUGCUGAAAGGGAUAUUCAAUGUCUGUUUUUAAUUAUUUUGACCCAUCUAUCAAUUGGUGCCCUUCUUUGCGAGGCAUUGGAGAACCUCCCUGGUCUUUGUGGUUGAAUCUGUUUGAAAUUCACUGCUCGACUGAGGGACCUUACAGAUAACUAUGUGUGUGGUACAGAGGAUGGGCUAGUCAUUUACAAAUCAUGUUAAACACUAUUAUUGUACACAGUGUGAGUCCAUGCAACUUAUUUUGUGACUUGUUAAGAGCAUUUUAAUACUGAACAUAUGUAGGCUUUAUGAACAUUUUAAUACUGAACAUAUGUAGGCUUUAUGAACAUUUUAAUACUGAACAUAUGUAGGCUUUAUGAACAUUUUAAUACUGAACAUAUGUAGGCUUUAAGAACAUUUUAAUACUGAACAUAUGUAGGCUUUAUGAACAAAAGGGUUGAAUACUUCUUGACAUUUCAGAUUUUUAUUCUGUAUUAAUUUGUAAAAAAAAAAAUGCUAAAAACAUAAUUCCACUUUGACGUUAUGGGAUAUUGUGUGUAGACCAGUGACAGAACAUUACACUUGUAUCCAUGUUGAAUCGAGGCUGUAACACAACAACAUGUGGAGGAAGUCAAGAGGAUGAAUAGUUUCUGAAGGCUCUGUGUGUCUGUGUCGCUGUAAUAAUGGGACAGAAUGUUACAUCAGUCUGGGACAGUUGGGCUGCGUUUACACAGGCAGCCCAGUUCUGAUACUUCUUCCCUUAAUUGGUAUGUUGACCAAUCACAUCUGACGUUAUCACAGAUCUUUUUCAGAGAUGAUCUGAUUGGUCAAAAGACCAAUUAGUGAAAAAAAUAUAUCAGAAAUGGGCUGCCUGUGUAAACACUUCCUUAACACACAACCCUACAGAACACACACACACCAUGUAAAUUAUAGCAAAACUCUAAUAUUAUAUUUCUAUUAUGCAUGAUGCUUUGUGUUUUAUACUACAGUAUUGAUGCUAUGUGUUUUAUACUAUAGUAUUGGUACUAGGUGUAUGGAACCCUAUUUCCUGUCUGUUGUUCUGUCUCUCUGCCUGUAGUCUGUUUGCCUGUCUGCCUGUUGUCUAUCUGCCUGUAGGUUCUGUCUGUCAGCCUGUAGUCUGCCUGUAGCCUGUCUGCCUGUAGUUUGUCUGUCUGCCUGUAGUCUGCCUGCCUGUAGUUUGUCUGCCUGUAGUUUGCCUGUCUGCCUGUAGCCUGUCUGCCUGUAGUUUGCCUGUCUGCCUGUAGUCUGCCUGCCUGUAGUUUGCCUGUAGUCUUUCUGUCUGCCUGUAGCCUGUCUGCCUGUAGUUUGUCUGUCUGCCUGUAGUCUGCCUGCCUGUAGCCUGUCUGUCUGCCUGUAGUCUGUCUGCCUGUAGUUUGCCUGUCUGCCUGUAGUCUGUCUGCCUGUAGCCUGUCUACCUGUAGUUUGCCUGUCUGCCUGUAGUCUGUCUGCCUGUAGUUUUCCUGUCUGCCUGUAGUCUGUCUGCCUGUAGUCUGUCUGCCUGUAGCCUGUCUAUCUGUGUAUCACUUUAGAACAACUCAAUAAUAACUGAUGCUCAGAACUAUUAUUUAGUAUUUUGAUCAUGUUUAUAUAUGCAUGUGUUUUCAAAUGCAGUUUAUCUUUAUAUUUGUGUAAUCAUGUUUAAACCAAGCUAAGAAUAAACUUUGACAAUCUGUU